UUGGCUCCAGGAAGCAGAAGAGCCGGUUCCAGCUGCGCGCCCCUCGCCGUCUCCUCCUCCGGGCUCCCCGACUUCCCGCCCCGCCCCGCCCCGCCCCUCCCGGGAGCUGGGUCCGGAGUGCCUGGUGGGCUGAUUCUGGAGCGUGGAAGGGAGCACGGAGGCGAGAGGCAGGCGGUGGCGGCGGGAGGCGGGGACCCUCCUCGCCGCUCCCCCAAGUCUGGCGGAGCCGCCUCGAGCCAGGCUGAGCGCUGAGCAGCGGCGGGGCCGGGAUGCGGGGCUCCCGGGACCGUGCUCGGCGCGCGGGGCGGUGGCGGGCGCGCGGGAGCUGUCCGCGGUGCUGAAGCGGCGGCGGGCGACAGCGACAGGGACUCGGGCCGGGAGCAGGGAGCUCUCCCGGAAGCUCCACCGCGGCCGCGAGGCGGGGACACCGUCGCUCGCCGGCCCAUGCCCGGUCCCCGAGCCCCGCGAGGAGGCGGGACGGUCCGCAGCGGGACAGCUCCAGGUCCAGCGCAGAACCCUCAGGGACUCAGCACCACGGCAGCCUCUCCUCAUUCCUCCGCCCUCAUGUGGGUAUCAACCCAUGCCCUCCCCAAUGCAGGCUCCGUGAGGACUGCGUGGCGGGCCAAGGCUCCCCACCCUGGCAACUGCUGGCAGAACCAUGGAGAGCCUCAGUGAACUACAGAACCCGCUGCUGCCAAGGAGCCCCGCCCACCUCCGCAGUCCCUAUGCCUACUCGGAGGCCCCGUCCAGCUGGUCCUGCCAGGAGAAGCUUUAUUCCUACCUCCUUGGAGGUGCCGCUCCUGCCCAGGCUCACCAGCUCCUAGACCCGGGGUCCCUGCAGCUGGCCGUAGAGGCUUGGUAUCGGCCCAGCUGUCUCCUGGGGAGGGACAAGGUGAAGGAACCCAAAACAGGCAGCUGCGAGACCAGCUUCACAGAAGCCAGGGAAUCCCCAGCUGGGCCCUCGGAGCAGGGCUCAGAGCCUGGUCAAGCUGAGGAGGAUGUCACCAUCCACACUGUGUCCUAUGGGGUUCAAGAAGAGCUGCAGGGCCAGGAGGACAGCCAGGAGGAGGAGAGCGAUACAGCCUCGACAGAGAGUGAGAGUGAAGACGCCUUCCUCACCCUGCCUCCCAGGGACCACUUGGGGCUCACGCUCUUCUCCAUGCUCUGCUGCUUCUGGCCUCUGGGCAUUGCUGCCUUCUACUUCUCCCAGGGGACCAGCAAGGCCAUCUCCAAAGGGGACUUCCGCCUGGCCGGCACCACCUCCCGUCGGGCGCUCUUCCUAGCCACACUCUCCAUCGCUGUGGGGGCCGGUCUCUAUGUGGCUGUGGUGGUGGCUCUGGCUGCUUACAUGUCCCAGAAUGGCCAUGGCUAGUGGUCAGUAGGAGGACCUUCAUCCUGCCUCUCCUGGCUUACCAGAGGAAGGUGUAAGGCUUGGAACUGUGUGCUCUAUGGAGAGCCUUGUCCCUGAAGAGAAUCUGUCGCAUAGCUUGUUGGGGAGGGGGGGCUUCCAUUCUACAGCUCACACAGUGCAAUCUUGUCCUCUUGUCCACUGUUCCCAGUCCCAGAGCGGGCCAGGCGUGGAUGGGAAGCAGGAGCAGCGUUGACUAACAGGCCGAGCCCAACCCCUCUGCCCAUUCCCUACAGGGCCUCUGCCCCACAGGCAGCUCAACCUCCACUUACCAUCUUCCCCACAGAGAAAGAGCAGGAGGUUCCAGGAAGGAAAAGGAAUGCCCAAGGGACAAAGGACCCAGCCAGUCCUUCCACUCCGAGGGGGUUCCCACCUGCGUACAACCUGAGCACCUGCCCCCCACAUGAUGCUCAAGACCCUCCAAUCAGGAGAGAAACACAUGGACCCCAGCCAUUCCUUGUUCUUCCUGACUCUGGGUACUGCAUGUCUCCCAGGUGGAGACGGGGCUGGUGAGCUCUGUGCUAAGGGCAGGUUGCUGGGGCUCUUCUGUACCAGACAAAAGGCAGAGGCAGAGGCAGAUGGGGUGGGGGCCUGGAAUGCUGCAGGACCACAUGACCUGCCAACUCGGACCCCGUUCUUCAUCCCACCAUCCUCUCUGGGCUCCACUAGAAGGGCCCUGAGAUGGCACCCCUACCAGAGGAGCCUGAGAUUGGGUACUGUUACUCCCCAGCUAGUGAGUGCGGGGUCCUAGAUCCAGGCUUAUGGGAAAAGGGUGAGAAGGGGUGCUGGGGACUGGGAAGUGUAGGCCGAGGAUGGAUAUGGACAUAGACACGUGUCUAAGGGAUUUGCUUCUCCGUAACUCUCCGUGCUGGAGGACAGGGCUUGCAGGAGCCUCCCAUGGAGGUGCCCGGGCUGCUGAGAUUUCACCUGGAAUAUCCAGUUGGGAGUAAUUUUGCAGCCGUUUCUAAACCCUCCCACAGGAAGGCCAAGCCUUUCCACGUGUCACAAUACGCUCCCAUCUCUGAAUGAUGGGGUAGUGUUGGCAACGGCUUCAAGCACCUUCACUGAUAACCAUCACUCAGGACUGCUUUCAAACCCCUCCAUCCCCAUGCACUAUGGAAUGUCAGGGUCUCACAGACAUGAAGGGCAAAGGACACAGGACAGUGGGAAGGUAGGCCCACCGGGACUCAAGCUACGGGACUAUUGUGCACGAUUUGGGGAACCUGUUCGUUCCCACACCCCAUCAAGUCCCAAAUGGGGUUGUGGUUCCACCACUACCCGCCUCUCACACCUCCUUAUCUGCCUCACUUCAGGGGUUACCCGCCCUCCACUCCCUGCACUGGCAGUUUUAAUGCCCUCUUACUGUCUUUAUUUACCCUGGUAAUAAACUUUUCUGUAACA